CUGAAACGAGUACUCGAGCAACUCGAGUAACUCGAGUUUAAAAACUGAUCCGAGUAAUUUUAUUCACCUCGAGUAAUCGUUUAUUUUGACAGCUCUAAGCAUCACGUUUUGCUCGGACUACUUUUAAUGCGGGACAACGCGCUGUCACGUGCGGAGAGGAAGAAGGGGGGAAAAAAAAAACUUACUGCAGCCGACAGCCGCCACAAACGACGCCGACGUUGCUAAAUACUAGCCCGCACGAUGCUACGUUGAUACAGAUGGCUUCCUCAGACUGGCACCUGUCCUUGAAGUUGCUGGAUCAGCCUAAAUCCACGUUCCACUUCCCCGAGAUGAUGCCGGGGGACGUGGCCCCCGGUGGGUACAGAGUCGCCACAUUAAAGCAGCUUGUUGCUGCACAGCUCCCAGACUCUAUACCUGACCCGGACCUCAUAGAGCUGGUCCAUUGUGGCCGUAAAUUGAAGGAUGACUUCACUCUGGAUGCCUGCGGAAUUCAGCCAGGAUCUACAUUGCACAUACUGAAAAAGACUUGGCCAGAGCCAGAAAGCAUUGCAGAACCUGUUAACAGAGCUACUGCAGCAAGGGAGUUCCGAAUGCUCCAUGCUGCUCUCCACUCACUACACUCCACGUAUAGAGACUCGGUGUACAAAAUGCUAACCAACAAAGAGUCUCUGGACCAGAUCAUCGUGGCCACACCGGGACUCCGGUCUGACCCGGUGGCUUUAGGUGUGCUGCAAGACAAAGACCUCUUUGUGCAGUUCACAGACCCCAACAUGUUAGACACACUCAUAAGCUCUCACCCAGCCCUGGUCAACGCCAUUAUCCUGGUUCUUCAUUCUGUAGCAGGAAGUACGCCGAUGCAGUCAGCCGCCACCGCCGCCUCUUCCCGCAAUGCAUCAGCCAGCUCCUACAGCGACAUGCCAGGAGGCUUCAUGUUCGAGGGCAUGUCUGAUGAUGACGAAGACUUCCAGUCUCAGGACAGCCCGGCGGGGCCAUCGAGCCGAGGAGGGAUAUCGGCGGGCAUACGACCGCUGUCUCUGAACCAUAGCGGCGCCACAGGCCCACGGCCAAUCACGCAAAGUGAGCUGGCCACGGCGCUUGCUCUUGCUAGCACGCCUGAAAGCAGUGCCGUCACUCCAACCACAGCCAGCCAGACUGAGCCCUCAGCUGGCGGACCCCCCAUGCCGGCCGGGACCCCUGUUAGCAACGACCUGUUCAGUCAGGCACUGCAACAAGCCCUUCAAGCCACCAACAUGUCUGCCCUGCAGGGCCGUUGGCAGUCUCAGUUGCAACAGCUCAGAGACAUGGGCAUCCAGGACGAGGAGCUAAUGCUCCGAGCGCUACAGGCCACUGAUGGAGACAUCCAGGCUGCUCUCGAGCUAAUCUUCGCGGGAGGGCCAGGACUUUGAAAAGACCCAUCUUCUGGAGCAGGAUUCUGAACCUUACAAUGAACAACAUCGGUCUUAUGUUGUCGCAUUAUGACAUUUAAUAUGUCGUCCAAUCAAGGGCGUAGGUUUGCAUCGUGCGGCUGGGACAAAACACUACAAACUUUUCAAGAUGCUCAAAUUCUCCCCACUAAUUUUUAAGCAAUCUUAUUUGCGUUAUAUAAUGACUUCAGUUAUAUAGAUCAUUUAUAUUGUCUUUCCAUAUGUUUUAAUUGUUGUGAUUGACCUCACCAUUAUUAAGUGAAUUAUUUUCACUAUGUUUGGAUUUACAUGUACAUCUUUUCACUUGCUGAAUGUGCCGGUCCAUUUUUUUCCUUCUAAACGCACAUUUGAUUGGCUGAUGACUUGACCCUCACACACACACACGCAAAUUAGAUAUUUGUGAUUUUAUUUUUCAGCCAGCAGCAGCCACUGUUAGAAAUGUAAAAAGACAUCAUUGUUUUGGAAGUGGGGAACACACCAUUAAUUUUGCUACUGUAGGUCCGACCUGCAUCAGCGCUAGCAUAACAUUAAACUGUGUGAACUUGCUAACCUGCAAAACUUAAGUAGGAAGCUGCUUCAAGAGAAGUGCCCUUCUCUUUGUGUUUUCUACUGUUAACAUUAAAUAAACUGUGAGCAAUGUAGUGAACUCUGCUGGAAACUAUGGAACUAGAAAAACGUUAGCAAGAAGCUGCUUAGAGAGAUGGUUGCUGCAUAACCUCAUAUUUAGCUCACACAACACAACAUAAAACAAUCAAAAAAAAAAAAAAAAUCAUAAGUUUUUAGGGGGCAUGUCGCGAGCUACACUAGCUUUGUGAUUGACUAGUCGAGCGUGAUCGACGUCAUCAGCACCCCUGAUUUAGCAUAUCAAUUAAUUAGGUUCAUAUUCGUGAGAAAUGUACCCCUGACCCCCGUUCACCCAAUCUGUUUGGUCUUAUUUAUGUCCCAUCCCGAGCAAAAAGUACAUGCAGGUUAUGCUGUAAUAUCGUCCCUACCAAUGUUGAGACCAAACCUACGCCCUUGCGUCCAAUGGUCUGUUCUUCACUCGCUACACUUGUAAUAAAUGGACAUAUGGAUGUUUUUGGAAA